UACAGCAUAGGCAGCUUCUGCAAGAGGAAAAAGUAGAGGUUAAUACAAAUAAUAUGAAACAUUGCUUAUGAAGAGACUAUUUAUUUUUGGCUGGUUGAAGCACAGAGAAUAUUCUGGGAUAAAAAGGUCCUAUGAAAUUCUGCUUCUGUUCAGUAUUGCAAAUGUUCACAAAACUAAUACAGCAUCAAUAACAAGAGAGUGAAAAUGACAAAAGAUGAAGAAUUACCAGACUGGCAGACGUCACAGGAAUUCUAUGAGAAGUAUGAGCCAAAAGAGAUCUUGGGAAGAGGAGUGAGUAGUGUUGUGCGGCGCUGCAUUUUCAAGCCCUCCAGAGAAGACUUUGCAGUGAAAAUCAUAGACAUCACUGGAGAUCACUUAUCCUCAGAGCAGAUUGCAGAACUGCGGGACUCAACAGUCAAGGAGAUCGACAUCCUAAAAAAAGUAUCAGGGUUCCCUAAUGUCAUCCAGCUAAAGGACAGCUAUGAAUCCCACACUUUCUUCUUUCUUGUGUUUGACUUGAUGAGGAGAGGAGAACUGUUUGAUUACCUUACAGAGAAGGUCACACUGAGUGAGAAGGAAACAAGGAAGAUCAUGAGGUCACUGCUGGAAGUUGUCUCCAAACUGCAUGCCUACAACAUUGUCCACAGGGACUUGAAACCAGAAAACAUUCUGCUGGACGAUGACAUGAACAUUAAGCUGACUGACUUUGGUUUCUCUUGUCAGAUCCAAGAGGGGGAAAAGCUAAAAGAAAUCUGUGGCACACCAGGAUACCUGGCUCCAGAAAUCCUACAUUGCUCCAUGGAUGAAAACCAUUCAGGAUAUGGUAAACAGGUUGAUAUGUGGAGCUGUGGAGUUAUUAUGUACACUCUACUGGCUGGAUCUCCACCAUUUUGGCACAGAAAGCAGAUGCUAAUGUUACGCAUGAUUAUGAGUGGAGAGUACCAUUUUGGAUCACCAGAGUGGGAUGAUCGAUCUGACACCGUGAAAGAUCUGAUUGCUCGACUGCUAGUUGUUAACCCAGAGAGACGCCUUACAGCAGAUGAAGCCCUAAUUCACCCUUUCUUCCAGCAAUAUGAUGUAGAAGAAGUGCGUUAUUUUAGCCCAUUUAGGAAAUUUAAAGUGGUCUGCCUGACGGUUCUUGCUUCAGUUCGAAUAUAUCACUACUAUAGAAAAGUGAAACCAGUUACCAAGGAGAUAAUUGUACGGGACCCAUAUGCAAUUAAGCCCAUUCGCAAAUUGAUUGAUGGAUGUGCAUUCAGAAUAUAUGGACACUGGGUGAAGAAGGGAGAACAACAGAACAGAGCAGCCCUUUUUGAAAACACAGCAAAAGCCAUUCUUCUGUCUCUGGCUGCAGAGUCCAAUUUUAUGUAAUGAUGUUUCCAACAUGGCUACAACUACAGACCCAGGGCUUCUACUAUCAACACAAAAUGUCUAUGUAAAUAUAUUUAUGCAAGAUGACACAACAUACAGAUAUUGGGAGAAAUAUAUGUAGCUUGUGCAAUGCUUAAAAAUGUUUUGGUCAAUAUAGUUUUCAGUAAACAAAAAGGAAGGUGGGUCAUUUUAUGUGAAAAAUAACACUGUCAAUAUUUAACAGGCACUAGAAUCACUUUAAAUACAAUCUGUAACUUGGAAAAAUUUUGCUUCUAUGUUAACAUCUAGUUUAUAAUAUUUAUAACUAACCAGUAAAUACAAUUUAAAAAAUUUCCACUGAAUUUAAUGUCUGAUUUUUAUGUAAAAUGUUUCUUGUUACAUAUUGUUUAUGUAUGCCGCUCAUUUAAUAUGUAAAAUGUGGAAAAUAAAUUACCAUGUAACCAGUCAA